UCCCUCUCUCUCUCUCUCCCUCCCCGCUCUAUCAGUCAAAUCUUCAAUAUAGCCCACCCGCAUUUCUCUCUCUCACUUUAUCUUUGCUCGUUUCUGUCCGUCUGAGAUCUCAUCCUUCACUGAAAUGAGCUAAAAAUCAAAACUUGGGAGGACUCAACUUUUCCACUCCGAAAAUGUCAAUGCCCACGAGAGGAGACGAGCUGGUUUUCUAGCUUUUGCUUCUUUUAAUGUGGGAAAAGCCAUAGCCUUUUACAUCUAUAUAUGUCAUCCAUAUAUUGGAUAUAUUGGGAGGGGAGACAAGAAGGGAAGUAAGCAUUUGCAAUUGCAAGCAAGCUCCUUGUUAUACCUAUUGCUGGUCAAAAGCACCCAAAAAGUCGCCAUCUUUUCUUAUUAUUAAGCUCCAUUCGCGGGAUUCUUGCGAGGGGGAGUAGUUGCCUGAGGGCUCUGUUUUCUUGUUUCCCGCGGUUAACCCGCAAUGAUGAUCACCCCCGCUCUGACCUGACCUGACCUUAAGUCCCUCUCAGAGUACCUGUGAGUUGAGCCACAUUCAUUGAUGCCCAGGUUGUUGUUUUGGUCUUUUUCGUGUUGUUUGUCAGUGGUCAGACGCAGACCGCAGAGCAUCGUUCAUGUCCUGAGCUUGCCGGUUUUUGCUCUCUCAGGGAUGGGUUUUGGUGGGGAGGCUAAUAAGGUUUUGGAGCUUCCAAUGACGUCCCGACACAAGCGUUCCAAGAGUGGCAGCUUGCCGGGCAAGAACAGGGCUUCCGAAGACAGUCUUGAGGUUUCAGUUUCUCCCGGAUCUUUGCUCCGCGUGAAGCAGGGCAUGGAUAAUUUGAGGGGCUCUGCCAUUACCAAGAAGAAGCAGUCCUGUAAUGAAGCCCAUAACUCUCUAAAGCAAGAGAUCUUACAGCUCGAGAAAAGAUUACAGGAUCAGUUUCACGUACGGCAUGCUUUAGAGAAAGCUUUGGGUUAUAGGAAUUCUUCCCAGGAUGGUGCUGUCAACAACUCCAUGCCCAAGCCUGCAACAGAGUUGAUCAAGGAGAUUGCAGCGUUAGAGCUGGAAGUGGUUUACUUGGAGCAGUAUCUUCUCUCAUUGUACCGGAAGGCAUUUGAUCAGCAAGUUUCAUCUGUGUCCCCAACUGCCAAGGAUGAUAAACUAAAUUCACCUUUAGAAACACCAAGAGGGAGGCUUCUCAGGGUUCCAAAACCUAUUGAUGUGAUGCCCACAGCGAAGAGGAAGAGUCCAGCAGUAAGAUCAGGUUGUCUGCAACCUGAAACUCCAUCUGUAAAGCCAAACCUUUUUGCCGAGGAUGAGAAACUGUUGGAUUCAGGGGUUCAACGCUGUCAUUCCUCCUUAUCUCAAUUUUCAGCCAUUGCGGCCAGGAUUUCUCCUCCUGAUGAUAACUUGGAUAAAGCUGUACGUGCUUGCCAGUCUCAACCAGUCUCGCUGAUGGAGUAUGCUCAAAACAAUGCAACAAGCGUGAUUAGUCUUGCGGAGUAUCUUGGAACCAGCAUAUCUGAACAUGUUCCCGAGACCCCAAACAGGCUUUCGGAGGAUAUGAUUAAGUGCAUGGCGGCUAUAUAUUGCAAACUCUCUGAACCUCCGCAGCCAAAUCACGGCCUUUCCUCACCAAAUUCCUCCCUUUCAUCUGCAAGCGCUCUCUCUCCUCGGGAACACUCCGAUUGGAGUCCAAACUUCAGAAACAAUUCUUCAUUCGAUGUAAGGCUGGAUAAUCCUUUUCAUGUCGAGGGGCUCAAAGAGUUCAGUGGACCGUACAGCACAAUGGUCGAAGUCCCGUUUAUUUAUAGAGACAGCCAGAAAUUGGGUGAUAUCGAACAUAUGCUACAAAAUUACAGAUCACUCAUCUGCCGCUUAGAAGAAGUCGAUCCGAGGAAGUUAACGCACGAGGAGAAAGUAGCCUUCUGGGUUAACAUCCACAAUGCAUUGGUGAUGCAUGCAUUCUUAGCGUACGGAAUUCCUCAAAACAGCGUAAAGCGGAUCAUUUUACUUCUCAAGGCUGCUUAUAAUGUUGGGGGUCACACAAUCAGUGCAGACGCAAUACAGAGCACUAUAUUGGGAUGUCGAAUGUCUCGUCCAGGGCAGUGGCUCCGUGUACUAUUUUCUCCAAAAAAGAAGUUCAAAACUGGGGAUAGCCGACUAGCAUAUAUAAUAGAACGCCCGGAGCCACUCUUGCACUUUGCUCUGUGUCUUGGAAGUCACUCUGAUCCUGCGGUUCGAGUAUAUACCCCCAAGGGACUGUUUCAAGACUUGGAAAUUGCCAAGGACGAGUACAUACGAGCCACCUUUGGUGUACGCAAGGACAAGAAAGUCUCGUUGCCAAAGAUCGUCGAGACUUUUGCAAAAGAUGCAGGACUGUGCCCUGCUGGUUUGGUAGAAAUGAUCCAACAGUCUCUGCCCGAUUCUCUCAGGAAGACCCUGAAAAAGAGCCUGCUAGGGAAGUCUCCAAAGAACAUCGUGUGGACUCCCCACAAUUUCAACUUCCGAUAUCUCAUAUCAAAAGAGCUUGUUAAGUGAUUUGCUAACUCCCAGCUUUUCUUGCUCGAGCUCACUGAUGAGUUCGGAUAUGGGUACAUGAUUGUUGGUCCCUAUGAUACAAAGUUCGACUUGCAACGGAGAUUGAGAGGAUUGAGAAAUAGCGACUUGCGGCAUUUAACUUUUGCAUGUUGUAGUUUCCAGCGUCUCGAGAAUUGGUUGUAUUUCACAGUUUUAUGAAGCCAUGGAUGGGUCGGUAUUGAUUGUUAGGCGUUGUAAAUAUAAUGUUUGUAAAUUGUUUAUUCAA